ACAACGACGAUGUUUUCAUUUUGAAGAUAAUCGAUGUGUUUAUUAAUCAUCAACCAUAACCUCUAAACAACAACAUUGCCAAUAAGGAAUAGACCAUCAUUUUCACAAAAGACCAGCAACAAUCGUUUGCCAAUGCAAAAUGUCGUGCAUUAAAUUUUGUUCAGGAAUUUUAUUAUUCCUUGCAUAUCAUUUAAUAUUAUUAUUGUUGGCAUUAAUGAAUACGGCCAUAUGGACUACUGAAUUACCUCGUAUACAAUUAUGGCAUCAUCCAAGCUUAUAUGCUGUUGUCAAAGGAUUUAAUGUAUUUUUUGGCACACUUGUUGUUUGUAUUAUAUUGAUCAUUUGUUUUAAAAUUGGUGAUCAUAUUCUUAGUAUUGCCAAUCUUCGUAUACGUGCCAAUUAUAAUUUUUAUCUAUUUAUCAUCAGUUUUAUUAUUGUAUUUUUCUUUCCAAUCGUAUAUGUAGCCAUUGCUCGUCAUAUUGGUACGAUGUUGAUCAGAGAAAAAUUGACCAAUUUUGCAUUGUUAACAUUAAUCUGUUUUGUAGCAAUCGAUUCAUUGAUAAUAUUUGUUUUUGCAAUAUUUUUAUUAUUAACAUCAAUAAUGUCUACAAUGCGUUCAUAUAAUAUAUUCAGACAUUUGGUAAAAUUAAGUGAAGAGAAAAAACAACCGAAAAAGAAACAGCAACAAUCGAAUGUUAUGUUGACAAAACGACAUAAACGAGUUGAACAACUUCGCCGCUAUCCAGGUCAUGGGGUAUAUCCUGGACAUGGUAGAAUACCAGCAAGAGGUGUUUAUCAAUAUCCAACAACAACAACAACAACAAAAUCGAAAAGAAAUUCUGAACAACAAUCAUUGGCUAGUCAAUUAACGGGUAGAGUUUAUCGAAUUGAACCUUCAAUGAUGCAACGAUAUGGUUAUGGAUAUGUGGCAACACCUACAUUAACACCUAGUGAUCCAUCCGGUUCAUAUGAUGAUUCGUUGCAACAACGAACAAGUAAAAUGCAUCCAUUAUCUGAAACGGCUGUAUAUUUAGUAUGAUGUUUGACUAAAAAAUUGCAACAAUAUGAACAAC